AUGGUGAUUCCAUCUGAAACAAGGUUGGUUCUUGAUAAAUUUGAAAAACUGAUUCAUAAACUUCAUUUUAUUGAGUUUGUGUACAUACCUCCAAUUGGUCUCUCGGGCGGGUUUGGGGUAUGUUGGAAACAAGGGGUUGUUUGCAAGGUUAAGGAAGCGGAUAAAAAUGCUCUGCUUGGUUCGAUUGAAUCUGACCCUCCUGGUACCAAAUGGAACUUCAUUGGAAUAUAUGGGCCGCCUACAAUGUCAGGAAGAGAAGAUUUCUGGAAUCGUAUUGGAGACUCGAUAGUAAACGAAUCGUCACCCACGGUCCUUAUUGGUGACUUGAAUGGAACACUUGCAGAUCAUGAAUGCCUAAACUAUGCCAAUCAGAGGAAUUCAACUAGAUACUCCUUUGACUUGAGGAGAAUGGUGGCGAGAACCGGCUUGGUAGAUCUUGGUUGCCUUGGCGGAAAAUUCACCUGGUUCCAAAAGGCCUCUCAAUCUACUGGGGGAGCUUUGGUUAGAAGAGCAAGGCUAGACAGGGCCUUAGCCUCCAUAGAUUGGAGAAUUUUAUUUCCAAAUGCGGUUGUUGAGCUCCUCACAGUUGGUACUUCGGAUCACAAACCAAUCCUUCUAAAUAUUGAGGGGGGAACAAGGUGUUUGAAGCCUCAAUUCAAAUAUGAGUUAAUGUGGGGGAGGGAUCCGAGAUGCUUCUGGAUAGUGCGAAAUGCUUGGCGAGACAAUCUUCACCAUGACCCAAUGGUGAACUUAUACAGGAAACUAAGGAAAACAAAGGAACAUCUGAAGACAUGGAAUAAAACGCACUUUGGGAAAAUCCAACAACAAGUGGCUAAUGCCAAAAAGACUCUGGAUAGGAUCGAAAGUUCCAAUAAUAUGCAGAUUGCGGAGUUUGAUGAAGCUAGAGCCAAGUUGAAUGAGGCGCUUAGUAGGGAAGAGAUCUUCUGGAGACAAAAGUCUCGUGUUGCUUGGUUAAAAGAGGGAGAUCGUUGCACAAAAUUCUUCAUCGCCUCAACGGUGAUUAGGCGUAGAAAGAAUUUCAUACAGACUCUGAAGAAGGAAAAUGGCGAAUGGGUCAACGACAUCAAGGUCAUUGCAAAGAUGUUUAUCGACAAGUUUAAUGGCACCUUCUCCAAGAAUCCUUUUACAAGUUCACCAGAGGAGAACAUAGUGUGUAAUAAUCUGAUUACUGAGAGUGAUAAUAGGAAUCUUAUAUGCAUUCCUUCAGCUAAAGAAAUAGAAGACUGUCUUAGAUCGAUGGGGCAUGAUAAGGCUCCAGGCCCAGAUGGGAUGCCGACGGGAUUUUACCUUCAACAUUGGAACGUGGUGAAACGGGAUUUCAUUGACAUGGUGACACAUUUCUUUUUGACAAUGGAUCUUCCCCAGUUUAUAAACAACACUAACAUUGUGUUAGUUCCAAAAAAAGAUUGUCCCACUGGGGUCAAUGACUACAGACCGAUUGCGCUAUGCAAUGUAGCGUAUAAAUGCAUCUCCAAAGUUUUGGCUCUCCGGUUGAAGCAUGUUCUGCCCUCCAUCAUAUCUCCGGAGCAAACCGCUUUCGUUCAUGGAAGACUAAUUGCGGAAAACACUGCAGUAGCUAGGGAAAUCGUUCACUCUAUGAGUAAGAAAAAAGGAAAGAAAGGAUUUAUGAUGAUCAAACUUGAUAUGGAGAAGGCCUAUGAUAAGAUGGACUGGAGCUUUAUCCUGGCUACUUUGAAGGGGUUAGGUUUUCAUCGAACUUUUGUUAAUUGGGUGGAGAAAUGCAUUAUGGCCAAACAAAUGGGGCUGCUUAUUAAUGGCUCGGUCCAUGGAACUCUGUCCCCUUCCUGUGGUCUUCGUCAGGGCGACCCUCUCUCCCCUGCUCUCUUUAUCAUUGCAGCUGAUGUUCUCUCAAGACUGAUUGCGGGUAGAAAGGCAGAGGGUCGUCUGGAAGGCUUCAAAUUAUCUAGAGAAGGGCCGGCUGUCACCCACUUGAUGUUUGCAGAUGAUUUAAUUUUAUUUGGGCGAGCUUCUUUGAAGGAAGCUAAAGAAUUCGUUAAAUGCCUUGAAGACUAUUGCUCUUGGUCUGGACAAGCAGUCAACUACCAAAAAUCAACAGUGUUCUUCUCUAAGGGGGUCCUUGUGAGAUGUGCAACAGAUAUCGCGGACCUGCUAAAUAUGAAGAGAAUGAAGAAGGAUGCCUCUUACCUGGGGCUUCCCCUCUUUAGAUCACUGAAUCGAUCAAAGGAUAUGCGGUUCUUGGUUGAUCGUGUUCUACAACGAGUGAAAAGUUGGAAAACUAGACUCCUAUCGAAAGCUGGCCGAGCCUGCUUAAUCCACUCAGUCGGAUCAUCCCUAGCUACUUAUGUCGCUGCCUCGGAUCCGAUACCAAUUAAUGUGGUAAACACUGUGGAUAAAUGCCUAAGGGACUUCUGGUGGGGAGAUACUGAUGAAAAGAGGAAGAUGCAUCUCAUGGCUUGGAAUGCUCUAUGCCAGUCCAAGAUGAGAGGUGGUCUGGGAUUCAGAAGCGGCGGAGUGAUAAACAGAGCCUUUAUGACAAAGUGGGCUUGGAAAGCGCUCACUGAUCGAUCAAGCGUUUGGAGUGCGGUGAUAAAUGCAAAAUACAUAAAAGACCAAAACUUUCUCUUUGCUUGA